GAAACUCAAUUUCAAUAAGCAUGUAGCGGCUAUUGUCACUAAAACAAGGGCCCGGAUCAAAAAGCUCGACUGGAUCAUCGGCAGAAACAGUAAACUCCCACUAACUCCAAAGGUCCUCCUCUAUAAGCAGCUGAUUGCCCCAAUAUGGCAGUAUGCCUUGCCAGUCUGGGGGCCACUGACUUCAAGCAUGCAAAUGGCCAAGCUCCAGACGAUCCAAAGCAAAGCUCUCAGAGCAAUGACAAAUGCUCCCCGGUAUGUGAGCAACAACGCACUGCAUGCGGAUCUCCAAGUAGCAACUGUGGAAGAAGUUUAUAACAGACUCUGCAGGAACUGCUACACUCGGCUAAUGCAGCACACAAAUUCCGAGAAGGCUGGCCAGGCCAAGGCAUGCCGCAAUGAUAGAAGAGCACAAUCCAAACAGCAACAGAAGCCUGACAGCCUGCAAAUGACGGCCCCAGCAGAGAACCUGAUGAUGGACGGCGGCAGCUCCAGAAUCCAGAUGAUGGCGGCGGCUGAAAAGAAACUAAAAACCUUUUUAUUCUUCCACAGAUACGAAGCCACUUCACCUUCACAGAAAUUGGUAAUCCACAUCCAGAAUGACGAUGCACUGGACCUCGGCCGGCUUCAGCCCUGUUGAUGCUGUCCUGCAGUCACAGUUUAGCGCCGACACU